CCAGCGGGGUGGCUGUCGCGGCUGGUUGUUACAGCUGCUGGAGCAGCCCCGGCCCCGGUUCCCGGCUACCUCUCCCGGGCCCUCGACCUCCGGCCCCGCUCGUCUUUCUCUAGCUUGAGAAUCAAAACAGUGGAGCCGGGCGUGGUGGCGCACACCUUUAAUCCCAGCACUUGGGAGGCAGAGGUAGGAGGAUCACCCUGAGUUCAAGGCCAGCCUGAGACUACAUCGUGAAUUCCAGAGCAGCAGCCAAGAGGGGUGGCAGGAUGAACGUGGGCACAGCGCACAGCGAGGUGAACCCCAAUACGCGGGUGAUGAACAGCCGCGGCAUCUGGCUGUCCUAUGUGCUGGCGAUCGGCCUCCUCCACGUCGUGCUGCUCAGCAUCCCCUUCGUGAGUGUCCCUGUCGUCUGGACCCUCACCAACCUUAUCCACAACAUGGGCAUGUACAUCUUCUUACAUACGGUGAAAGGGACACCCUUUGAGACCCCAGACCAGGGCAAGGCGAGGUUGCUGACCCACUGGGAGCAGAUGGACUAUGGGGUCCAGUUCACGGCCUCUCGGAAGUUCUUGACCAUCACACCCAUUGUGCUGUACUUCCUUACCAGCUUCUACACCAAGUAUGACCAGGUACAUUUCAUCCUCAACACCGUGUCCUUGAUGAGCGUGCUCAUCCCCAAGCUGCCCCAGCUCCAUGGCGUGCGGAUUUUUGGAAUCAAUAAAUACUGAGGGAGCUGCCCCUUCCCCGGCCUGUGGCGGCGGGGAGGGCUGGAGGGCCUUUGCUGUGAUGCUGAAGACAGGAGCCUCUGGACACUGCGGCGAUGGGGCCACGCCCUGGGCCUGGCUUCCCCUUCGCUUCCCCAGUAGUUGAAUUGGAGUAGCUUGUAGUGGGCUUGGAAUGGGGCCUCCGGGCUCUAACCCAUUCUGAAGUUUUUUGAUCUUUUCCUUUUGCCUUUUUGAAUAGACUCCACGGGGGUGGUCAUGGAAGGGGCUGGGCUCCCUGGACAAACAUGGACCUGCAAAGGUGGGACUGGAAGCCAGGGAGAAACCCCUGUUGACUUUUUUACCCUCAGGUGGCCAAAGCACUUUAACCCCUAAGAAAGGGGCGGAGGGACACGG